AUGGAUUUCGCCGGCAGCAAGAAACGCAAGUUCAAGGACGCCAAUGGCGUCAAGUCUUCAAAGGAGAAGAAGUCUGUUAUCGUUCCCGAAAAGAAAUCAAAGAAAGUCAAGCGCGCCGAACCCGAGCCCCGCGAAGAGCCCGAAGACGAUUCUUCCAACGAGGAGGAGGCUCUGGAGGAGGACGGAGACGAGAGCGACGAGGCAGAUGAGCAUGCUGAAGACUCCAAGUCCGGAGACGAAAAUGAAGAGGAGGAUACCGAGGACAACACAGAUCUGCCCGAUGGCGGAAACCUCACAUUACCUCCAGUUGCUGGAGCUGAGUCGCAAUCCUUCGCGGAGCUGAAUCUUUCCGAGAAGACCAUGAAGGCCAUCAAUGAGAUGAAGUUCACCAAGAUGACUGAGAUCCAGAGGAGAGGUAUUCCUCCCUCGCUGGCUGGUCGCGAUGUUCUUGGUGCUGCCAAGACUGGUUCUGGAAAGACUCUAGCCUUCCUUAUUCCCGUCAUUGAGAUGUUGAGCUCUCUGCGAUUCAAACCUCGCAAUGGUACUGGUGUCAUUGUUGUUUCCCCAACCCGCGAGCUGGCUCUCCAGAUCUUUGGUGUUGCCCGUGAACUCAUGGCUCACCACUCACAAACUUAUGGUAUUGUCAUCGGAGGCGCAAACCGUCGCGCUGAGGCCGACAAGCUCGCCAAGGGCGUUAACCUGCUCAUUGCCACCCCUGGUCGUCUGCUCGACCAUCUGCAAAACACACCUUUCGUUUUCAAGAACCUGAAGUCCCUUGUUAUCGAUGAGGCGGAUCGAAUUCUCGAAAUUGGUUUCGAGGAUGAAAUGCGACAGAUUAUCAAGAUCCUCCCUAAGGAGGACCGACAGACAAUGCUUUUCUCUGCUACCCAAACAACCAAGGUUGAGGAUCUUGCCCGUAUCUCGCUACGUCCUGGUCCUCUGUACAUCAACGUCGAUGAAGAGAAGCAAUACAGCACUGUGGAGGGCCUGGAGCAGGGUUAUGUUAUCUGCGAUGCCGAGAAGCGAUUCAAUCUUCUCUUCUCAUUCCUCAAGCGUAACCUCAAGAAGAAGAUCAUUGUCUUCUUCAGUAGUUGUGCUUGUGUGAAAUACCAUGCCGAACUCCUCAACUAUAUCGAUAUUCCUGUUCUUGAUCUCCACGGCAAACAGAAGCAGCAGAAGCGAACUAACACCUUUUUCGAGUUCUGUAAUGCCAAGCAGGGCACUCUGAUCUGCACUGACGUUGCCGCUCGUGGUCUCGAUAUUCCUUCCGUUGACUGGAUUGUCCAAUUCGAUCCUCCGGAUGACCCCCGCGACUACAUUCACCGCGUCGGUCGAACUGCGCGAGGCAGUAACAGCAAAGGACGAUCUCUUCUGAUCCUUCAGCCUAACGAGGUUGGCUUUUUGUCGCACCUCAAGGCCGCCCGUGUUCCCGUCGUAGAGUAUGACUUCCCCAAGAUCAUCAACAUUCAGUCUCAACUCGAGAAGCUCAUCAGUUCAAACUACUACUUGAACAAGAGUGCCAAGGAUGGUUACCGCAGCUAUCUUCACGCCUACGCCUCUCACUCGCUGCGCAGUGUUUUUGAUAUCAAUAAGCUCGAUCUGGCCAAGGUCGCCAAAAGCUUUGGCUUCACAGUACCACCGCGUGUUGAUAUCACCCUCGGUGCUAGCAUGAGUAGGGACAAGAAGCAUCAGGGACGCAGAGCAUACGGUAGUCAGCCACGACAGGGCCAGGGUAACAAGUUCACCAGGUAG